CGCAGCCGGGAGGCGUGGUCCGGGCCCUCGGACCCAGCGCUGGACGCCGGUUAAGACCCCGCUCCCCGUCGCCGGGGCCAUGGAGGCGCCGGUGGAGGCGGAAGUCGAGAAUGAGGAUGGCGACAGCAGCUGCGGGGAUCUGUGCUUCAUGGACAAAGGCCUGCGGAGCAUAUCAGAGUUAUCUUUAGAUUCAGCCCUUCAUGCCAUCAAUCUCCAUUGCAAUAACAUCUCGAAGAUCAAAGCCAUUGAUCAUAUUUGGAAUUUACGACAUUUAGAUCUGUCAUCUAAUCAAAUAAGUCAAAUUGAAGGGCUAAACACACUGACAAAACUAAGCACUUUAAAUUUGUCCUGCAAUUUGAUCACAAGAAUAGAAGGACUUGAAGCACUAACUAAUCUUACUAGACUGAAUUUAUCUUAUAACCACAUAAAUGAUCUUAGUGGUUUGAUGCCCCUUCAUGGAAUUAAACAUAAACUUAGAUAUAUUGACCUCCACAGUAAUUGUAUAGAUAGUAUCCAUCACCUGCUUCAGUGUACAGUAGGACUGCACUUCUUGACUAAUCUUAUUUUGGAGAAAAAUGGAGAGGAUAAUCCUGUCUGUCAUUUACCAGGGUACAGAGCAAUUAUGCUCCAGACUUUGCCACAACUUAGAAUCCUAGAUUGCAAAAACAUAUUCGGUGAACCAGUCGAUAUGGCAGAAAUAAAUUCAUCACGUCUGCAGUGUUUCGAAGGCCUUUUGGAUAAUUUAGUUUCGUCUGAUUCUCCCUUAAAUAUAAGUGAAGAUGAGAUCAUUGACGGUACGCCAGUGGUAACCCCACCCAUCGAUGAGAUAGCUCCCUUGGAUCAGUUUGCAAGCACGCCAACAGAUACUGGUUUGGCGUCCUUGAUAUCUGUGUGCCCAUCUUCUGAGCCAGAGAAAGUUAAUCAUGAGAAUGAUUUUCAGAAUGAGAUGAAACUUCAGAAAUUAGAUAAUCCACUUUUACAGCUUCUCAGUGAAACUUCUAAUUCUUUAAUAGAUAAUGUUCCUGAGAAAGAUCUCCGACCAAAAAGAGAUACAGAUAUGACUUCUGAAAGUGACUAUGGAAUCAGAAAAGAAUGCAGUAGAAAAAUUCCUCGAAGAUCAAAAAUCCCGUAUUACUCCAAAACUAUUCAAACCAUUAAACACCACAGUAAAAACAACAGCCCUUUUAUAAGUUGUAAUCGUAAAAUGAAACAACCUUUCUUUAAAGAAUUAUAUGUAAGAUCAUCUUUAGUGAACAGUAAUGUGUUAGAAGAAUCAGAAGAGCAGAAGACUGAAAUGAUUAAAGUAAACAAUGGUAGCACAGAAGAUACCACUUACCGGGCACUUGUUGAGCAACUAGACCAAGAGAGAGAGAAGAGAUGGAAAGCUGAACAAGCUGAAAAGAAACUUAUGGAUUAUAUUGAUGAACUACAUCAACAUGCAAAUGAAAAAAAAGAUAUUCAUAGCCUGGCUCUUCUGACUACAGAUAGGCUAAAGGAAAUUAUUUUUAAAGAGAGAAAUUCCAAACUACAACUUGAAAUCAUGGUUCACAGACUUCAAAAUGAAAUUAAAAAACUCACCAUUGAAUUAAUUAAAGCCAGAGACCAACAAGAGGAUCACAUUAGACACUUAAGGACCCUGGAAAAGGCCUUAGAAAAAAUGGAGAAGCAAAAAGGGCAACAUCAAGCAGCACAGAUGCGACUUAUCCAAGAGGUGGAACUCAAAGCUGCAGCUGCUGAUAGAGAAAUAAACUUACUUAGAACUUCUCUUCAUCAAGAAAAGGAACAGGUCCAACAACUUCAUGAACUUCUCGCACUGAAAGAACAAGAACACAGGAAAGACCUUGAAACAAGGGAGUUUUUCACUGAAGCGGAAUUCCAGGAAGCCUUAGCCAAAGAAAUUGCUAAAGAAGAGAGAAAGCAUGAGCAAGUUAUACAAGAAUACCAAAACAAAAUUGAUGCAUUAAACCAACAGUAUCUGGAUUUAGAAAAUGAAUUCCGUAUUGCUUUAACUGUAGAAGCCAGAAGAUUUAAAGAUGUUAAAGAUGGUUUUGAAAAUGUUGCAACUGAAUUAGCAAAGAGCAAGCAUGCUCUUGUUUGGGCUCAACGAAAAGAAAAUGAAUCUUCCUCUUUAAUUAAAGAUCUGACCUGUAUGGUGAAGGAGCAAAAAACAAAACUUGCAGAAGUUUCCAAAUUGAAACAGGAAACAGCAAUAAAUUUACAGAAUCAAAUCAACACACUUGAAAUUUUGAUUGACGAUGACAAGCAGAAGAGCAUUCAAAUCGAACUUCUCAAGCAUGAAAAAAUGCAGCUUCUUGCUGAGCUCGCAGCCAAGGAGUCGCUGAUCUAUGGUUUAAGGACAGAAAGAAAAGUGUGGGGACAUGAGUUGGCACAACAGGGAUCUUCUCUAGCACAACACCAUGGAAAACUGGAGGCUCAGAUUGAAAGUUUAUGUAGAGAGAAUGAAUCUCUGCGAAAAGCAGGUGAACGUGAUAACGAUGCAUUAAAAAUUAAGUGCAAAAUCAUAGACGACCAAACUGAAACCAUUGGGAAAUUGAAAGAACAGGGCUGUUCCAGCGUCCAGGCGCGCCCCCUUCGAGCAAGUGAACGUUCAUUGGAAUCAGUGCUUCAUAUGAGGCCUGAUACCGGCCAACAUUUAACAGUGCCUGAGUGUUUACAGGAAAGAGAAGAAGAAAUCAAAAUAUUGCAAGAAAAGAUCACUGAAAUACAAAAAUGUACUCAAGAACAACUUGAUGAAAAAUCUUCACAACUAGAUGAUAUAAUUGAGAAACUAGAAAGACACAAUGAAAGAAAAGAAAAACUAAAACAGCAGUUGAAAGUAAAGGAAUUAGAGCUUGAAGAAAUUAGGAAAGCUUACAGUACACUUAAUCAGAAGUGGCACGAUAAAGGAGAACUUCUCUGUCAUCUCGAAAUGCAAGUAAAAGAAGCCAAAGAAAAUUUUGAAAACCAAGAAAGGAAACUGAAAGCAGAAAGAGACAAAAGUAUUGAACUGCAAAAGGAUGCGGUGGAAAAGCUUCACAAUAUGGAUCAUGUCUUUAAAAAACAAGUCGAUGCAAUUGUUGAAGCCCAUCAAGCUGAAAUCAUACAGCUGGCAAGUGAAAAGCAGAAAUGUAUUGAUUCUGCAAAUUCAAAGGUUCAUCGGGUUGAAGAAGAAAUGCGUGAACUUCUGCAAGAAACAUGCAAGAACAAAAAAGCAAUGGAAGAAAAAAUUAAGCAACUUGCUUUUGCUCUAAAUCAAAUUCAGCAAGAAAUGUGAUGGUUCUGAGAACAAAUUUAAUUGAAAUGGACCAGCAGACCUAUUGUAAAAAUGAUUAAAUAUUGUAACAGUAGUAACUGCUAUGACUUUGAAAUGUCUCUUUCUACACAUUUCAUUUUGAUUAUAUUUUAAAAGACUUUUGAUCAAGUAUUUAUUAAUUGUAUAUGUAGGGUCUUUUUAUAAUAAAUUGUUGAUAAUUAUGUGUAUUAGAAAAACCUAUCAAAAUAACUAGACUUAAAACACUUUUUCUUGUUUCUGUGCUAUACAUUGUUUGGUAAUUACACAUUUGCCUACUAAUAUGUAAGUGAAAAUUAAGAUUAGUAUUUUGACUAUAUGAGGGGAAGUAUCUUAAUAUUGUUGUUACUUUACUGUGUUGAUGAACUGAUUAUAUUUAUUGCUUGUCCUUUAGUUGAUUUAGCUCCAUUCUUUUAAAGUGCUCAUAAGUGUAGCCAAAAAAUAUUUUAAAUCUGUGUAAGAUGUGGUGUUUUUACGAACGCAUAUGUAUGCAUCUCCACAUCACUCAAAAUGACCCCUUUUUAAAUAAUGCAUCUGACUCUUUCAUUAAAGAAUACAUUUAAGGUUUUAUAAA